AUGUGCCAGAUUUCUGGGGAGUCCCCAAAGGCGGCUGUCACCAAAGGGUACUCACACCAGGCUCAGGUCCCCAUGGACACGCUCCCUGAAUGGACAGUGCCCUCCACACCCUGUGGCUGGGCCAGGCUGACCAAACUUCUGCCCGUCCUGUGCAGCCUUCGAGCCCUGUGCCCCGUCUUGAUGGCACGCUGGUGGCAGAUGCCCUCAUACAGGAGAGAGAAAGAUGCUGAAAAAUGUUUGUUCUACAGAGAGAGCAUCGCCGUGGAGUUCCUGAAGUUUUAUGAAAAAACAGCCCAGAUGGUGUGGAACGAAUUCAGGGAGGCCAGUUGGAACUACGUCACCAACAUCACCCAGAAAAAUCAGGAGGAGAUGCUGCACAAGGAUAUCGAGAGGUCCCAGCACACCCUGUACUUCGGCACCAGGGCCCGCCUCUUUAACGCCACCGCUUUCCAGAACCCCAUCAUAAGGCACAUGCUGAGAAAGGUGCAGCACAUGGGCAAGGCGGCCCUGCCCGCGAAGGAGCUCCGGGAGUACAACAAGAUCCUGACCUACAUGGAGACAAUGUACAGCAUGGCCGAGGUGUGCAUGCAAGAAGGGCCCUGCCUCUACCUGAAGCCUGACCUUGAAGAACUGAUGGCCACCUCCCGGGACCAGAAAGAGUUGCUGUGGGCCUGGCAGGGCUGGAGGGACGCCACGGGCCGCCCACUACGCACCACCUUUGAGCGCUACGUGCAGCUCAGCAACAAAGCUGCCAGGCUCAACGGUUACAGAGACAUGGGGGCCUUGUGGCGCAUGGAGUACGACGUGGAGAACGAGGCCAGCGACCUGGAGCACAGCCUGGAGCAGUUGUUCACGGAGCUGCAGCCGCUCUACCUGAACCUGCACGCCUACGUGCGCCGCGCCCUGCACCGCCACUACGGGCCCCAGACCAUCAACCUGAGGGGGCCCAUCCCUGCCCACCUCCUGGGGAGCAUGUGGGCUCAGUCCUGGGUCAACAUCUUAGACCUGGUCUUGCCCUAUCCGAAGAAGCCCCUGGAAGAUGUCACCAAGAUCAUGAGAGACCAGCACUGGAAGCCCCAGAAAAUGUUCGAAGAGGCUGAAAAUUUCUACACCUCGCUGGGCAUGCUGCCCCUCCCCACCGAGUUCUGGAUCAAGUCCAUGCUGGAGAAGCCGGUGGAUGGGCGGGAGGUGGUGUGCCACGCCUCUGCCUGGGACUUCUACAACGGCCACGACUUCAGGAUAAAGAAGUGCACUGAGGUGACCAUAGAAGACCUGCUCUCCAUCUUCCACCAGAUGGGCCAUAUCCAGUACUUCCUGCAGUACCAGAACCUCUCUGUGAUGUUCCGCGCAGGAGCCAACCCAGCCUUUGAAGAGGCCGUGGGGUCAGUGGCCACCCUCUCGGCCUCCUCCCACAACCACCUGCUCAACAUAGGCCUGCUCAGCUUCCAGUACCAGGACUCAGAAGACGAGGUCAAUUUCCUGAUGGGCAUUGCCCUGGAGAAGGUCGCCUUCAUCCCCUUUAGCUACCUGGUAGACAUGUACCGUUGGAGGGUCUUUGACGGCACCAUCCACAAGCACAUCUACAACCAGGAGUGGUGGAGCUUCAGGUUGAAGUACCAGGGCGUGUGUCCCCCCAUGUCUCGGUCAGAAGACGAUUUUGACCCGGGCUCCAAGUACCACAUUUCUGCCAGCAUUCCCUACAUUCGGUAUUUCAUCAGCUUGGUGCUGCAGUUCCAGUUCCACGAAGCCUUGUGCAAGGCCUCCAACCACGUGGGCCCGCUGCACCAGUGUAACAUCUACAACUCCAAGAAGGCCGGGAAGCUGCUUGAGGAGGCUCUAAAAGUGGGGUCUAGUCAGCCCUGGCCAGAGGUCCUGAAGAGGCUGACUGGGGAGUCGCAGUUGUCUGCAAAGGCCUUACUGACCUACUUCAGGCCGCUGAUGAACUGGCUGGUCACUGAGAACGUGCGGCACGGGGAGAUCCUGGGCUGGCCAGAAUUCAGCUGUAACUUUGAAGAAAGAGAGAAGGAAACGGUGUCAUUUCUGGGUCUGGAGCUGGACGCUGAGCAGGCCAAGAUAGGGCAGUGGGUGCUGCUGGUCCUGAGCCUUGUCAUGGUCCUCACAAUCCUGAUGCUGGGCCACAGGGUGUACAAACUGUGCAAUCGGACCACGGCCGGGGACUCUGGGGUCUACUUCCUGGGCAUGCUCAUGGAGCCGCACCAGGCUGCCCAGGGCCAGUGGAUCCUGCUGGGCCUCUGCCUCAUUCUGUUCGUGUGUAUCAUUGGCCUGAUCAUCAAGAACUUCACCCAGCAUAGCAAGAAGCCUCCGUGGAUGAUAGCCGAGUUGUGGAGCCAUCCCUAG